AUGCAAAAUUUUUUAAAAUAUGCAUACCUUAAGGUUAUCUAUAGAGAAAAAAGGAACUCACAUAGAGCAAUUAGCACAUUGAAGGGAUAUCUACUGAUACAGAAUCAUUUCCAAAAAGGUAUCAUUUCCACAAAAUGUAACCUCAAUAAAAUAGAUCGAAAAUUGCUUAACGUGCUACGUGAUUACGUGGUUGAAAGAGAAAAUGAAAACAAACAUAGAAGCUCCAUUCACAACACUAAUGAAGACAUAAAUGUUGUUGGAAGACCUCCGGGCAGAAGGGAAAUUUUACACCAUCGAAAAAAUGACAUAGACAUUUUUCACAUUGACCGUGGCAUAUUCGAAUCUCUCAAAAAUGUUUUCUCCACAAUUGACAAAAUAAACGUUCAAUUUAUUCAAAAUGUGUUGAUAAGCAGCAAGGACAGCAGCAGGGGUAAUAGGAAGAUCGCCUGCAAAAUUGUGCAAAAGCGUGUGCAUAUAAAUGAACAGGAGUAUCUCUUUUGUAUAGAACUUCCAAAAGAAUGGAUAAAUGAUAACCCAAAAAUAAGCGAAACUUCCUAUCAAGGGAAGAAAAACAUUUUACCUUAUGAUGAUUUUACCCAUUUGCAUGGAGAAAUGCAAAAUGUAGAUUUUUUCGCAUUAUCUACAUUAUUUCGCUUAUACCAUAAAAUUAGCAGAAAAAAAAACUAUGAUCAUGAAUGUAGCAAUUUUAAUAUUGCAUUCCCAUAUGAUAAGAUGAACAUGUUUGUCUUGAAGUUACUGUGCAUUCAUAUUGAUAACAUUAUCUCAAAUGGUAAAAACAAGAAAAUUCACACAAGAACUAUUAAGUCUCUUCCCCAAGUGGUUACAAAUAAUAAAUUACCUUUUCAUGCCAUAUAUUGGGAAAUGCUAAAUAUAUUACAAAUUCUUAAAGAAAACAAAAGCGAAUAUAUAAAAAUUAUCAAUUAUAUAUUAUAUACACAGUUUGAAGUUGUCUACAAACAUAAACAUCAUUAUAAUUAUGCAUACUCUAUUACUCUCCUUCCACUCUUAAAUGAACUCAUUCUUUAUGAGUCAAAUUGCUUAACCACAUGGCCAAAAAAAGAGAACCAUUCCAAGAUAAAACCAUUCUCUAUAUCUAUAGGAAAGAACAAUUUUUACAUGCACAAGGAAUCAUAUACAUGGGAUUAUAUCGAGGAAAAUUACAAAGAUAAGGAACAGUCAUCGAUAGAAAUCUCAAACAGCACGGGAACCAAGUGUAAUAUCGACAGUAUUUAUAGAAACAAUGGGAAAACUACUCUUGAUCAGAAAUGCACGUCUAUUAAAAAAAGUCUAAAUGAUUGUGAUGCAAAUCUUCCCACAAUCAAUGGUAACCAUUUAGUACAUUAUGAACAAUGUGAAAAAUUAAAAAAAACUGAGAACUUUGAAGCAAAUGAACACACGAGUGAAGAAAUGGAUAUCUUUGCAAAUAUCUUUUUUUUCUCUCAAAACAGUAUAGAAAAAAAAAUUAAUUUAAUUUUUUCUAAAAAUGUAAAAUGUCCCUACUUAUUACAAUACUGUAUCAUAGUACUAACCAGAAUUGCAAAAAAAAUCAAAUAUAAGGAAAAGAGAAAUUUUCUCAUUGAUCAAAGUUACAUACUCGAAGGGAUACACACCCUGCUCUAUGUAACAAAUGACACACAUGGUCAACUCACUAGUUUAAUAAAUGAAAAAUCUGAAUUUCUAAAAAAUAUGAACUGUACUUCAAGGAACGAUCACAAUUGUGUAAGUGAAAAGAUGUACCUUUUACUCUUUCUUGAUUUUACUUUUAAAUUUUUGAAAAAUGUAAAAUAUGAUUAUAAAUCCAUGGAAAAGACAACAAGCAAGGGUGAAAUUUUUAGUCAAAAUUUUCUUAAAAUUCUUUGCCUAACGAGUAGCAUUAGACAUUUAUUAACAAGUGGAGGAAAAAAAAAAAAAAACGACAGCGAAAGAAAAUGCAUUCCUUUCUCAAAUUUAGAUAAUAAUGACAUUUCACAAGAUUCUGAACAAGUCAAAGAAAAUGAACUAAUUAGCAGAAUAAAUAAAUAUAUUGGUCUGCUAAAUAGCGAAAUUAUUUUAAGUCGUCUCAAUUAUUUUUCUCCCACCCAUUCAGGAUGGGAAGAAAUAACCUCUGCCUAUAUGGCCUACUUAUUGAAUGACUUAUAUAUGCAAAACAAUUUAGAUAUAAAAAAAAUGAUCGUUUCAUAUUUUUUAAAGGAUUAUAAAUUGUUAAAUUCAGGGAGCCUAAGAAUAUACAAGAAAGAACAAAUCUACCUUGAAUAUAUAACUAUAUACAAUUUUGUGAAAAUUUUCAAAAGUGAGAUAAAUCAAGUUGAAAAAGGGUAUGAGAACGUUUUAAAUAUUUUCACGACUUUUCUAGACACCAGCAGAAUAUGCCAAAAGAUAAAUACAAAUAAUUCCUCGAAAAUUUUAUGUGAAAUACAAAUGAAGCAGGAACAACUUCUGCAUCAGAUAAAUAAAUUGUGUUACUUAUACUUGUUAAUCAAAAGGUAUAUUACAAAUCCCAACUUCGUAACACUUAUAAAUUAUAACUUUUACUUAACGGUUUGUCUGAUUAAUCAGUAUAUAGAAAAAAAUAUGAACAAUUCAGAGAAUGUUCCCCAGUUUGCUAAUAAAUGUGUAAACAAAAUAACCUCCAUAGUGGUCACGAUGAAAUGCUUCAACAUACCACCAGAGGAAGACCUCACUAAAAGUGUCUCCAAACUAGUUACACUAACACAUACAUGUAUGAAUGAAGAGAACAAAAAAAAUAUUCUUUUUUUUGUUAUACCUUACAUGAAAUCUGGAAAGGAAGAUAUUAACGAUUUGGAAAACCUACUAACAGAUACUAAAAAUUUAGCUCAUGAAUCUAAAAUGAAACAGGAAGAUAAUAAGGAAAAAGGAUCCACCAAUAUGUGUCAUGAAGAAGAAUGGACAAAUAAAAAUAAAAAAACGUGUGUGAUAAUACCAACAUGCAUGUUAAAUGAAAAAAAAAAAAAAAAAAAAAAAAUUGAUUUUAAAAAUUCAGAUCAACAGAAUAAUCAUCCUAAUCAUGAUGAUAACACCCAUUUAAGUAUCAAACGAAAUUUGCAUUAUGUAGAAAAAAGCAUUACACAAAUCUUAGCAAAUUUUGAGAAAAACAAAAAUUUCUGUAUUAACAAUAAUCAAUUGUAUGAACUACUACAUGAGCAAAUGAAGGGAAAUCAUUUAAUUAAGAAGGAAAAUACACUACUUAAGAAUAAACUAAAUUAUAUUUUCCUAAAUUUAGACACCUUCAUUACUUCGCAUAUUGCUAGGUUGGUUUCAAAAAAGGAUUUUCAUUUUGUCAAUCAGGAUGAGAAAACCAUGCAAAAGGAUAAUUUUUACCCAAAAAGCCAACAUCAUCCUUCAUAUCAGACAGAUAAUGAAGUUACCAUGAAGGACAAUGACAUAACUACAACGGCGGAGACCACGAUGAUGAUGAUGAUAAAUGCCAAAGAUGAAGAAACAGAGGAGAGAGUAGUUAGCCACCAUGAUCGGGAAGAAGCACCCACUCUAGGGAUCCAUUUUGACUAUGAACAAGUCACUGCCAAGAAUGAAUAUUUUCAAGAACUAAAAAAAUACGAGAAUGAAAAUUAUAUAAAAAUUAAUAACGUGUUGAUAAAUAUGUAUAUGUGCAAUCCCCACAUAUGCACAAAGAGAAAAAACAUUAUGGUUUUCUCCAAUGGAAAAAUUCAAAAGAAGAUGAUUAUUUUACCACAUGAUACAUACAAAAAUAUAAGGAAGUUUCUCAUUACUACGCAGAGGGUAGACCGUUUAAAGCUCUUAAAGCGUCUUCAUAAUUCAAUUUACUUAUUAUUCAUUAAGGUGAAGUUUUUUUUUAACAGGCAGUGUUAA